UACAACUUCACGACGCUGAGAGCCACAGGAAAGAAUGGUCCACUUAGCGCUGCAGGAUAUAAAGGCACUUUACUCCAGGAGGUACAUGUCCUGAACGGUGUCCAAGAGUGGCAGGUGCCAAUCACAGGAAAGUACAGUGUAGAAGCUUGCGGAGCAUCGGGAGGGGACGGAAUUUUGCCCAAGAAGGGGGGGAAAGGAGCAAAAGUCAGUGGCGUCAUAACAUUGUCAAAGGGAGAUAAGUUAGCCAUACUGGUGGGACAAAAGGGGUCAACACAGGAAAAAAGCCACCCAGGAGGUGGGGGUGGGGCAACGUUUGUUUAUCGUUCACCGAACAAACAUGUCCUUAUUCUUGUGGCUGGCUGGGGAGGGGGUGGUGGGAAAGAAGAUGGUCUACCUGGGAAUGAUUCACCGGAUGGCAGUGGUUCCGUUGACACGAGAGGUACUAACGGGGGUUGUGGUAAGGUUUGUCGAGAUGCAAACUUUAUACCAAACUCUGGGGCUGGGGCUGGUUAUCUUAAUAACGGGGGUUGCCUUGAAGAUGGCAAGUAUUGUGGGGCAGUGCACUGUAGUAAAGGGGGAAUUUCUUUGGGUAAAGGUGGAGAAAGUACCAUGAAUUGCGAUGGUGGGUUCGGCGGGGGAGGAGCUUGUGAUAACUUUCCCGGGGGAGGAGGUGGAUUUUCAGGGGGUGGAGUAGCAAGUGACAAGGUGGCGGGAGGAGGUGGAUCAUACAAGCCUGAUGAUACAUGGGAAGUGAUAAAAGGAGGCUGUGAAGAUGAUGGUUACGUUUCCUUUGCCGCAGAAGAUUGA